AUGUCCUACCUUUAUCUGUUAUGGCGAUGUCAUGAUGCGACAAUGAAAGUAAGUGGCGGAAAUAGCAGUGCGAUCAGUUGCAAUACAAAUGACAGUCAGACACGCUGGAACGGUGUAAUUGGUAGUAAAACGAUUGACAGCAAUCAAUCAGAUCAGUUAUCUAAUGGCUGGGAAAGCGUUUCUGGAGAACCUUUUUCACUGCAAGCGAUUUCCAAAAAGCGAAAAGAAUUAAUGAACAAUAAUGAUAAUACUUAUGCAACCUUUUGCUGCAGUAAUUCUGAAGCAAUGAAGACGAAACACGGAAAAAAGGUAAAAAAUAAGGAUGCGUAUGGGAUGAAUAGAGAUGAAGAAAAGGCUGAUGCGAAAACAAUGCGAAACCUAAAAGAAGAAUGCUGUGUUGUCUUCCAAUCAGGAUAUCAGAAGUUGAGAAGAAAAUGGAGGAUAAACGGAAAAAGUUGA